AUGGAGCCCAAGGUCAUCCUGUCCCCCAAUGCGCCAACCCCACCUCCCUUCUUAUCUCAGGCCAUCACCCUCGGCAACAUCACCUUCUGCUCUGGACAGGUCGGUGUAGAGCCAGAAACCGGCGUGCUCGUCGAGGGCACUAUUCAGGAUAGAACGAGGCGAAUUAUGCUCAAUCUCAAGGCUGUUCUUGAAGCUGCUGGCACGAGUCUCUCGAGUGUUGUCAAGGCCAAUAUCUACCUCACGAACCUCGAAAAUUUCUCCGCAGUGAACGAAAUCUACUCGGAGUUCUUCCCAGAUAUGAAGCCGGCAAGGACCUGCGUUGGAGUCCGACAGCUCCCUCUCGGAACGGAUGUUGAGAUUGAGUGCAUAGCGAAUAACAAGUCAUCUAACGAAAGCCGCCUCUGA